UUAGCUGAGUGAGGACCGGCGAUAGUGUGUAGAGCGGCUCCUCCUCUACCCCAUACACUCCAUGUCUGCUGGUCAUCUGUGUGUGUGACCCCCCUCAGCACUCAGGACUGUACACACGCACACAGCUCCUACCUGGGAUUCUAUUCCUUCUGCACUGCUGGACUGGAGCCGUACAAAACUCAUAAGAACUUCCUCCAGUGAUCAUAAGUCAUAAAGCCAGAGUGAUGCCUGCCAGCGGCUGCUGGAGCUGCCAGUAACCAAGGGAGCGCAGCACAACGUGGCCCUCCUCCUCAGUGUAUUGGAUGCUCCAGCGCCUGGAUCACUGUGCCGGGACACCGCAGCCGGGACGCUCCCCUCGUCACCAUGGUGCAGCAGAGCAGCAACGCGGAGAACACGGAGGCGCUGCUGGCAGGAGAGAGCUCGGAGUCCGGGGUGGGCAUCGAGCUGGAUAUGGCAUCUUCUCCCACCCCGGGCUCUACUGCCUCCACCGGGGGCAAAGCCGAUGACCCGAGCUGGUGCAAGACGCCCAGCGGCCACAUCAAGAGACCGAUGAACGCCUUCAUGGUGUGGUCGCAGAUCGAGCGGCGGAAGAUCAUGGAGCAGUCCCCGGACAUGCACAACGCCGAGAUCUCCAAGCGCCUGGGCAAGCGCUGGAAGCAGCUGAAGGACAGCGACAAGAUCCCCUUCAUCCGAGAGGCCGAGCGGCUGCGGCUCAAGCACAUGGCCGACUACCCGGACUACAAGUACCGGCCCAGAAAGAAGGUCAAGUCUGGUGCCUCCAAGCCAAGCGGGGAGAAGGGCUGCGGCAGCCCAGGGACCCCCGGCGGCUGCAGCAGCAGCAGCUCCUCCAAGCCCCCGCUGAAGAAGAGCAGCGGCGCCAAGCUGUGCAGUAAGCCGCACACCAAGCUGGUCCUGGGCGGCAAAGCCUUCCCCGAGCAGCCGUGCGUCCUGGACCACCACUCCCUGUACAAGUCCCGGAGCGCGGGCAGCUCCAGCCGGCAGGCCGCCCCGGACAGCAAGAAGCCCAAGCACCGGCUCUACAUCUUCGGCGCCCCCGGCUCGUCCCCCAUGGCCGUGCCCGCCAGCCCGACCCUCAGCUGCAGCUCCAGCGACCCGCUCAGCCUGUACGACGACGGGGCCGGCUCCAUGCACAAUUCCCCGGACUCACCGUCCGAGCACGACGGCUACCCGAGGGCGUCCUCCCCGGCCCCGUCCUCCUCUCACUCCUCCUCUUCGGCUGCAUCCUCCCCCUCCUCCGCAUCCUCCUCCUCCUCCUCUUCAUCGGCUUCCUCCUCGGACGAGGAGCUGGAGGACGAGCUGCUGGAGCUGAACCCCAGCCCGGGCUUCGAGAGCAUGUCCCUGGGCAGCUUCAGCGCGGCCGCCCUGGACAGAGACCUGGACUUCCACCUGGAGGCGGGCUCGGGCUCGCACUUCGAGUUCCCGGACUAUUGCACGCCGGAGGUGAGCGAGAUGAUCUCCGGGGACUGGCUGGAGUCCAGCAUCUCCAACCUGGUGUUCACCUACUGAGCGCACGGGCGGCCCCGUCACAUGGCACUUACCGAGGGCAGGAGCGCGCGGAGCCUCUGCCGCCUGCCCGCGAGGAGCAGCUCGCGCACUGCGAUGGAUUUGCACGCCUGGAGAAGGAGGGCACCUUCCAUGGACACGCGGAGGAGGAGAGAGGUUGUUACAUAUUUCUGUGGUACCCGGGGGGCUCUUUUACAAUGUGGUGGUGUCGGAUUCUAUACUAUAGCAUGUUCUCCUGUCUCUUUUAAGGUUUCUGUAAGACUGUUGAGCAGUUUUAGUGUUAGGAUAAUCUGCAGCCGAUAGGUGGCGCUCUGUUUGAUUCCUAAAAUCACCAGCUUUUUUCUCAUUCUUAGCUCUUUGAAGGAUUCAAACGCAACUCAAAUCUGUGCUGGACUUCUAAACUAAUGAUUCAGGACCAAAUCUGUUCUCCUCAGAGUAUGUACGUGUUGCUCGAUAUGGACAGACUGUUCGUUUUUUGGGUUCCCAUUGGUGAUCCAUAUUGUCCCCCCCCCCCCCCUUCUUGUAUAUGUACUCCAGCUCCCCCUUUUUUCUAGGUGGACCUAUUUAUACCGGC